CGGCUUGCAUCAUGUCGAUGGAUGCCCGCCGAACCUGGAUCGUCUGCCUUCCGGGCUUGGACACGCCGAAUUAUUAGCCCGCGAGAAAUAGGCACCACCAGUAUUUCUUCCGUUAUACUGGUCGAUCACAAAUGUGGACCGAAAUAUGAUGAACCUCAAUAUGAUGCCUGUCGCGUUAUCCAUAAAGUCGCCAACUUCACUGCACCGCACUAGCAGAUCCGGUCUCUCUGCUGCCUUGAUCAUCUCACCGUUGCCCGACCGUCAUCGCAUAGGAGCUGCCUGCGCUGCAUCAACGACAACCAGCAGUAUAUUAACUCGUCUCAAUGCCCUCCGUCUACAUCCUCAUCAUUCCCUACCCGUCCGGCCUCAAGUCCUGGGUCUGAAAAUACGAGACGCGCUUACUUCACAGCCAUCCCCUCCACCAAGCGAGCUCGACGUCCGUCCUCACGUGAGAGCCACUAUCUCGAUCCGCCAGGUCCGAAAGAAGGGAAGAAGAGCAUAAUGGCCCAGCCACCAUACCAUUCUUGGCCCGCGUCCGGCGUCAAAAGCGAAGAUCUGCAGGGCGCACAGCUGGGAUCUUCUCCAAGCACCUCAAGGAGAGCGUCUUCAGACAGCGAGGAGCAUCAGUAUGCCUCAUACCCCGCCCACUACCCGGAGACGUACCUGCGCCAUCCCAUACACACAACUGACGCCCGACCUCACUCGUCCAGCUCUACCUUGAC